UGCUGUCGUGAUAGUGGUUGUGAUGGAGGCAGUGAUGAUGCCUUGAUUUAGCUGACAGGUCCUGCUAUAAUAUUCGAAGAGUAUAUUCUCAUUCUGGGAUACUACACCAUACAAUAUAUUCUUAAAUACAGUAACAUGGAAGAUGGUAGAUAAUCUCUGAAUAUUGAUCCAUUCUAAGCCAAUGGUCCUACUCCAGCAGUCCUGUAAUCAGGUGGGGCAGAGGAUUUGAACUCCUAGACCACCUAAUUUGCAGCACCUGGCCAUCUUGAUAAUGUUAGCAAUAUCAUAUCCAGAUUUCAUCCACAUAAGCAAUGCCAGGUGGGAACAUACACGAUAAUGAUCAUGCUAUCACUUCAAUAUCCAGGAAGUAAGUAUUUUAUUGGAAACAGACCAGCAAGUUGGAGAGCACAAGAAGCAGGCAGAGAGGAGAUUAAGCAAAGUAAAACACUAGUAAUUAAUUAUGGCAACCAGCUCGGUUAUGGCUUCAUCAAUCAGCCUGAAACCAGCUCCUUUUACAGUCAAGAAACCUUCUUCAGUGAGAGGGCUCCCGACUCUUGCAAGGAGAUCAUCUUUCAAAGUUGAGGCUAGUCGUAUGAGGAAGACCAAGACUGAUCAGCCCUAUGGAAUCAAUGGUGGCAUGGACUUGAGGGAAGGGGUUGAUGCCUCUGGGAGGAAGGGCAAGGGAAAGGGAGUGUACCAAUUUGUCGACAAAUAUGGUGCUAAUGUUGAUGGAUACAGUCCUAUUUACAACACUAAUGAUUGGUCUCCAAGUGGUGAUGUUUAUGUUGGGGGUACUACUGGCUUGCUAAUCUGGGCUGUUACCCUAGCUGGCCUUCUUGCUGGGGGAGCCCUUCUUGUUUACAGUACAAGUGCUUUGGCACAGUAGAGUUCUGCUGCACUGAUUUGCCUAUCCCAAGUUCCUAAGAACAGUUUCUAGCAGCAGCAGCAAUAACAGUAAUAAUAAUAAUAAUAAUAAUGUGCUGCUCCAAUUUAUGUAAUCAGUUCCCUCUUCAAUUAACCAGUACUAAUAUUUUUUUUUUCAAA